AUGAAUACUUCCACAGACACGCCUGCCGCGACGAGCCAAACACUGACGACGUUUGAGGAGCUCCGUCUGACAGAUGUCGCUAUGGUUGACGAAAAGGAAGACAUGUCGUUCCUGCGACGUACUCUCCAGCAAAAGCGCAAGGUUGUGUUGGGAGCCGUGACGACGUCGAUCCCGCCGACGCCUGAACCUACUCCCGCCCCGACUCCUGCACCUACUCCUGCGCCCACCGAGAAGCUCUUGCCGUACACGGACACCAAGUUCGACUGGACCAACUUUGCGAGCUGGGAAGCAGACACGGGCGCCGACUGUUCGUGGGCCAUGGGCGGGUUCAAAGGAUCGUCCAUCGAAGUGUCGACGUUUGGUCGCCCGUUCGCGCAGUCGCCUGUGAUCCGUACCAAGAAGGGAUGGAGCGGCGAGAAGGUACUCCACAUCGAGUGGACAUCGAACCCAGGAUCGGACACAAACGUUUGGCUCUUGCCCGUGUCCCUCGUCAACCAGUUUGGCGAUCCGCGGUGGCCCAACUGUGGCGAGUACGACAUUUUUGAAAUGUUCAACGGCGACGCUGCGAUCGGCAACACGGGCACAAAAAACUACUUUGGCAGCAGCUUGACCGACUUUGGCCAGUCGACGACCCACAUCGCGUCGACCAUGUGCUUUUCGGCCGAGACAGUCCACAAGCCGAUGGUCGCCCCAAAUGGUGCCCAGUUUAGCAUCGCGUACGGCCGGAAGACGUCGAUGACGGUGAUUUUCGGGUCGGACGGGAAUGGCAAGUUCAUCCAACAGGCGCAGGACGCCAAGCUCAAGCCUGGCCCGAACUCGACGUACGACAUCUCGUUUGAUGGCGCGACUGUCGCCGACAAGAUAUACAACAACGCGCAGUCGUACUGGGGCACGACUCCGACGGGGGCGUGUGCCGCCGGGUUCAACCCAGACUCGGGGUACCCUUUCUGGGGCGAGUUCCGCUUGAUUUUGCAGGAGCAGUACCAAGGCAGCUUCGUUGUGAACAACUUUCAGGUGCUCACGAAGACCCCGUAG